UGUUUUUGGCCAGUAAAGUGUGCCCACACAUGGCAGCUGUCUCCAGCCCAUUUCCCUCCCAAUCAAAUACCUCCCCCUUUCCUCUUCAUCUCUUCACUCUACCUUACAUUAUUACUUUACUAUAUAACAUCUCAUAAUCUUUGUUAAAUGUUAACCUUCCUCCACCGUUUGUUUUCACUCAAUAAAAUACAACUAACACCCACAACCCACAACCCAAUUUUCAAUUUCAAAUACUAAAAUAGCAAGUGAAAGUGAGUGACUCUAUUCACUUCAUAUUUUCUCUCUUUUCUUCUCACGAGCAUUUUCACAAACAUGUCACAGGCAAAAAAUUUGUUUCUUCUUCUUACCUUAUGUUUGCUCUUUGCACUUCUUUCACUUGCAUCAAGUGAACAAAAUGGAGAUUUUCAAACGCUUAACACAAAAUUCAACCCCAAAAUCCCACUCCCACCACUCAGAACUCUAUCAUCAUCAAAACGUUUUGAAGGAUCUUCCGAUCUUGUAAAACUGAAAUACCACAUGGGACCAGUUCUAUCUUCUCCGAUCAACAUCUACCUAAUCUGGUACGGUAACUGGGCUAGACCACACAAACAACUCAUCAAAGAUUUCCUUCUCUCAAUCUCCGAUACAACCGCACCUCACCCCUCUGUCUCCGAUUGGUGGACCACCGUUUCACUCUACACAGACCAAACCGGCGCUAACAUCUCCCGAACAGUCUCCAUAGCUGGAGAAUAUUCCGACUUACGUUACUCAAACGGAAAACACCUCACGAGAUUAUCCAUCCAAGACGUAAUCGCAACCGCGGUCCGAUCCAAACCUUUCCCCGUCGAUCACCGGAAAGGGAUCUACCUUGUUCUAACAUCCGACGACGUGACAAUGGACGAAUACUGCCGUGCAGUAUGCGGUUUCCACUACUUCACCUUUCCAUCAAAAGUAGGUUACACUCUCCCUUACGCUUGGGUAGGAAACUCCGGCACACAGUGUCCCGAAGUUUGCGCGUAUCCAUUCGCCGUACCAGGAUACAUGGCAGGAGGUGGACCGGGGAAACUCUCACCGCCGAACGGUAACGUCGGAGUCGACGGAAUGGUGAGUGUGAUCGCUCAUGAAUUAGCGGAACUAUCAUCGAAUCCAUUAGUUAACGCGUGGUACGCCGGUGAAGAUCCGACAGCGCCGACGGAGAUCGGUGAUUUGUGUGAAGGUUUGUAUGGUACAGGCGGUGGUGGCGGUUACAUUGGGGAAGUUAUGAAGGAUAGAGAUGGAAGAACUUUUAAUGUUAAUGGGCUUAGGAAUAGAAAGUUUUUGGUCCAAUGGGUUUGGAGCCCAAUUUUGAAUGCUUGUGCUGGUCCCAAUGCUGUUGAUUUGAAUUGAGAGUUGAGACAAUACUACUACUAUACUAUUCAUUCUUUCAUGUCCUACAGGACCUACACUACCUUUCCUAGUUCUACUGCUAUGGGUUUCUGGUUGCUACCUUCCCCUACUGUAUCAUGUAUAUUAUGUAACGAUGUUUUUUUUUUUUUUUGUAAUUUUAUUUUCUCUUCUUGAGGAAAUUCAUUAAUAUAUUAUCUUAGCUUUUUGUAAAUUUUUGCUGUGUUUCAUGUAUUUUUUUUUUUUGUUUUUGUUAAUACUUCAAUUUUCAGGAGGAAGGGUGAUUAUCAUUCGAAGUUUGAGCGAUAAGUAAAAUUUGAUUAAAAAAAAAUGUUUUACACAAGAAUUAAUAUUAAAUUCUAUUAAACGAUUUAUUUUUUGAUGAAA